UCCAUUGGGAGAUGAGGAAGAAAAAAAUUGUGACCGUUUGCGAAGUUGGUUUUUCGCACACUUGUACUAAUAAAGUCAUAAUAAGAAUUCGAAACUGUGGUUCAUUCAGAGCAUAUUGCCUUUCGGCUCUAGAUGCCUGUCCAGAGAGAUACUGUUUUGGAGAAGUAGAUCCCACAUGUCAAUCAUCAAAGGCAGAAGAUAUCACGACAACUGUAACAGCUGGAAAUAUCGCAACAUCAUCUAGUAGUACUAAAUUUGUAACAAGUAAUCCUAUCGCUACACUACCCACUGCUAAAUCUGAAAAAACCGUCCCGAUCGCAACACUACCAAGUGCUAAUUCUACAACUCAUCAGAAUACAACACUGUCUGGUGUUGGUUCUGUUACAACUGACGAGAAAGCAACACUGUCUGGAGCUAGUUCUGUAACAACUUAUCAAAACGCAACACUGUCUGCUGCUGAUUCAGUAACAACUGAUCAGAUCGCAACAUUUCCUGGUGCUGAUUCUGAAACAACCCUCAAAUGUGCAGCGAUACCUGGUGCUAAUUCAGUUACAACUAAAAAGGUCGCAACACCGUCUAGUGCUGGUUCUGUAACAACUGGCCAAGGUCAUGCUCGGAACAUAUCACUACCCGCUGAUGUUUCUGAUACGACCACCCGUAUCGCAACAGUGCCUGGUGAUGUGUCAAGUGGUAGUGUAAAUACAGUGCCUAUUGUACCUUUGGUUUUAAUUCCUUCAAUACCGGUGGUGGUCAUUUUGACUGGGAUUCUUAUCAGGAUUAAAUGUUAUUCAUCAGUUUGCAAGAAGGCACGUGCAAUUAUAACUCAGGAAAAUGAAUAUGACCAUCUCAACUUAAGUGCAAGAAAUCUUGAGGAGGGCAAAUAUGAUCAGCUUACAGCGAGAAUGGAUGACAGACAGAGCGUGGUAGAGAACAUGGACAGGCAAUAUGUUGAUCUCUAGAAAAGUAACGAUAGACAAUAUGUUAAGUCUGCGGAGAGUAAGGAUAGACAAUAUAUUGAUCUCUCAGAGAGUAAUGAUGGACAAUAUGUUGAUCUCUCGGAUUAAGAACUAUCAAGAUAUUAAUGAACAAGAAGGCGAAUUUCAAGAAUAUAAAGAUAUCAAAUACCAGAAAUUGCAGAAUUAUUGAUAGAUAAAAUGGAAUCAAAUUUCUGAUCAAAGAAGUCAAAAGACUUUUAAAAA